AUGCGCUGCCGUCGCGGCCCUCACAGGUGUCUCUCCCGUGCGCCUCGCGGGCGUCGGCUGAUCCGGCCGGAAGCCCCCUUUUCGCUGGAUGCUGCGGAUCCCAAGGGCGGUCCUGUGGGUCUGAAAAAGGCGCCGUUUCCCCCCAAAGCGGAAACAAAGGCGCAGUCAUUCCCCGCGUCGGGACAACCACGGCUGGUCCGCGCCCCGACUGGUUCCACGUCCCAGCUCCACACGCUGCAUCUCGUGGAGCAGAAGAAUCACGCUAUCAACAGCUGCAAAGACAAAUCCGUGGCCUCGACCUCCACACGUUACUGGCGUCGGUGCUGUGCGAUUGCUCUCUGUGCCACGCAGGUGUGCGAAGAGGCCCAGUGCCCGAACAUCGGGGAGUGCUGGAACGGAGGAACUGCCACUCUAAUUCUCUUGGGCGACACGUGCACGCGAGGAUGUCGAUUCUGUGCAAUCAAAACGUCGAGCAAACCGCCUCCUCCCGAUCCAUUAGAACCCGAGAAAGUCGCGGAUGCGGUGGCCAAGUGGGACAUCGACUACGUUGUCAUGACAAGUGUCGACAGAGACGACAUGCCCGACGGAGGCGCAGGUCACUUCGCUCGAACGGUCCAGCUGGUCAAAAAGGCGAAGCCUUCGAUGCUCAUCGAAUGCCUUGUCUCGGAUUUCCAAGGAAUGGAAGAGUCCGUCCGUACACUCGCGCAAUCGGGGUUGGAUGUGUACGCUCACAACAUCGAGACAGUUCGGCGUUUGACCCCCUACGUUCGGGAUAAGAGAGCAAAGUACGACCAAUCUCUACGUGUCCUUCAGCUCGCAAAGAAGUCCAACCCCUCACUCUUCACAAAGUCCUCGAUAAUGGUUGGACUCGGCGAAACCGAAGAAGAGGUUGUCCAAACUCUCCGGGAUCUUCGCGCUCACGACGUCGACGUUGUGACUCUCGGUCAGUAUCUCCGGCCAACAAAACAGCAGCUAGGGGUCGUUGAAUAUGUCGCUCCGGAAACGUUCAAAAAAUAUCAGGAGAUUGCGGAGAAGAUGGGAUUCAAGUACGUGGCUAGCGGCCCGCUGGUGCGCUCAUCUUACAAGGCAGGGGAGUACUUCAUGAAGCAUCUUAUUGAUGGUGCAAGAAAAAACGGUCGGGAAGCUGUGAAACAGGUCAAGCUGGAAGCCGAUGUCGGUACAAUGAAGGGGACCACAACGACAUUUGGAGCAAACGAGUAA